AUGAAGUUAGGAAGACAUGCAGCUGUACCAUUAAGUAAUAGUUUAAGUUUAGCUGACAAAAGGAAAAUGAAGUAUUAUGAUGAUGAAAAUAAAAAGAGAAAAUAUCUUGAUGCUUGUCCAUAUCAAUAUGGUCAGGUUGUAAUCUGUAAAGCAUAUCUAGGAAAGAAUGCUACAAUGAUGGAAGAUAGAGAGGUCAGUCAGUCAGUUUAUCCUGAGAUAGAUUCUGUUAUUAGACCAAGAAAAACUUGUCUAUCUGUUGGUAAUAAAUCAACAGAUAUAGAUUUAACAGCUACCUGUGAAUGUAGUGUAAGACAAUGCGAAUGGUAUGUUUUUGAUCAAGAUUUUGUAUUACCAGAAUAUAUCAUAGAAUAUGAAUAUAUUAAGAGGUUACCAAGUAAAUCUCCAUUUUCUUCUAUUAAUGGUUAUUUAUGUGAAAAUAAAGAUUGGAAAAUACCAAGUACUGUUGCCACACCUGAUGAUCCUCAGUUACUGUUUCCUGAUAGUGAUGUUUUGAAUAUGGAACCUGAAAUAAGAGCAAGACCAAGGCUGGUCACUCUAAGUGAAGAUAUUUUAUUAAAGAUUGGACGAGCUUCUAGUCUUACUUCUAUAACAACAUUAAAUCUCCAUGGAAACGGUUUAACCAAAUUAAAAUAUAUACAAUCGUUGAAGUCUUUAAAAAGAUUGAUUGUUAGUUUUAAUGAGUUAACCAAGUUAGAUGAUUUGGCUCAUAUGGGUAUAGAAUUGAUUGACGCCAGUUUUAACAAGAUAGUAUCACUAGAUGGUAUGAAGGGCAUGUCACAACUACAUCAUUUAGAUAUAAGUUGGAAUAGAUUACAGAAUACUAGAGAAGAAUUAUCUAUGAUGAGAAAGCAUUUACCUCAUUUAAAAACAUUAAACAUUGUUAAUAACCCUUGGUCUAAGCCAGUUAAUUUAAAAUUACGAGUGAUUGGAAGAUUAAAAUCACUGACCCAAUUAAAUGGUAAAAUGGUUGGUGAAGAUGAGGCUACAUCUGCUCUACGUGUUGCAGCCGGCUCUAGAAUAUCACAAUUAGCAUUAUCAUCACAUUCUCGUACUGAUCAACAUAUACCACGAUCUUUAAAAUUGUGUAACGGACCACAAUUAAUUUUUACAUUAAGUCGUUUAAAACCAGAUAAAUCAUCUGAUCAUGAUUCAACAUGGCUGUCUAAGUUAACAACUAUAGUAUUAGAAGGGCAACAUAUAACUAAGUUAUCAAAUUUAGAGAAAGUUGAAAAUCUCAGAUGGGUAUCAUUCAAUAAUAAUGAUUUAACUAAAGUUGAAGGAUUAGAGAACUGUCCGAAGAUAGAGGAACUAUCAUUGGAGAACAACUGUUUAGCCAAACUAGAUGGAUUAACAAAAUUAGUUAAUUUGACAAAGCUACAUCUAGGAAAUAAUCAUAUUGUGAAUUUAGAUACAGGAGUUUUUAAUGGAUUAACACAGUUAACCUAUUUAUCUUUAGAAUGUAAUCGUAUCACCUCAUUGGUUGGUUUACAAAGACUACACAAUCUUAUAGAACUGUAUAUUGGUAACAAUCGUAUUGAAAAUAUCAGGGAACUCUUCUAUUUAAAGCCAUUACAGUACCUGGUAAUAUUAGAUACAUAUGGUAAUCCUAUAGCAAACGAAGUUGAUAAUUAUAGACUCUUUAUUAUUUAUCAUUUAAAGACUUUACGAGCUCUUGAUGGUCGUGCAAUAGAAGCUUCUGAAGGCAAUAUAGCAAAGGAGAUGUUUGGUGGAAGAUUGACAUCUGAUUUUAUAGCAGAGAAAUUAUUCCAUUCUAAUUUUGCUGAAGUUAGAGAACUAGAUCUACCAUCAUCUUCUAUAAAAACAGUUGAUUUAGGUCCUAGUGAUAUGUUUGUCAAUCUUAGAAGUGUGAAUUUAGAAAAUAAUAAUUUAACAUCAUUCAGUGGUUUAAUACAUCUUGUUAAUGUUAGGGUUUUGUGUUUAAAUCAUAAUAAUAUAGAAUGUAUAUUACCAAGAACUAAAAAUAAGAAAGGCUUGGCCGGUGAUUUCUGUGCAGAUUCAUAUUCUCCAAUCUUAGAGAAUUUAGAAGUCUUACAUUUAGGAUAUAAUAAUAUAAAAGAAAUGUCCACAUUACAGUUAAACAGACUUCCAUCAUUAAAAGCUUUAUUUCUACAAGGUAAUGAAAUCUGUAAGAUAGAUGGUAUGGAUGGUUUACAUGAAUUAAGAGAACUAGUAUUAGAUAGAAAUAAGAUUAAAGGUGUAUCAGAAUUAUCAUUUAUAAACCAGUGGAACCUGCAGGAACUACAUCUAGAAGAGAACAGACUACGUGAUUUAAGUAAUCUGGCUUGUCUGGAGAAUCUACAGAGACUUUAUCUUGGUUCCAACAGAAUUCAGGAUUUAGGUGAAUUAGAAAAGAUAGAUAAUAUUGUAACAUUGAUGGAAUUAUCACUGGUCAACAAUGCUGUUUCACGAAGAUUACUUCAUAGACCAUUGCUGAUAUUUCGUAUGCCACAGUUAAUGAUAAUAGAUGGUAUACCUGUUACUGAUGAAGAGAGAACUAAAGCUGAGAUCUAUUUUGCUGAACAACAGCAACAAUAUAUACAGCCCACUAGUAAUCAUACAGUAGAAGGAACAUUACCUGGUAUUGGUCAUUAUAAAACUACAGUACCAGUUAAAGUUACUAAUGUACAACUCAGUUCACCACCAGUAUGGAAUGGUGCUUUAUUAUAUGAUGAUUCUGAUAAUUCUAGGAGCAGACGUCGUGGAGGUCAGAGAGGUGAAAUAGGUAAUGCUAGUCGUAAUGGUAUGUCUACCUAUCAACCUAUAGGACAGAAUCAGAUGUAUGGUUACUCUGUUAAUAAUUCUAGUGGUAACAAUAACAGAAAUCAGUACCAAUAUUUACAACAGAUGCCACAAAUAACACAACAUACAGCAGAAUAUAUGGAGAGCUUGGCUAGAUUGAAUAACGUAAGAAAUAACCGUAGAUGA